AUGGCAGCGGGCAGGAGUGUGGCCCGAGUAUACGCUAAUGUCAAUGAUAAAUUGGGUAGAUCAUGGUGGGAUUAUGAUAACCUGGUAGUCCAAUGGGGUAUUCAAGACAACUACGAGAUAGUCCGUAAAGUUGGUCGAGGAAAGUACUCCGAGGUAUUCGAAUCCAUUCAUCUACCAUCAAAUUCCAAAUGUAUAGUGAAAGUAUUGAAACCAGUGAAAAAGAAGAAGAUCAAGAGAGAGAUUAAGAUCUUGCAGAACCUUGCUGGCGGACCGAAUGUCGUGGGGUUGUUGGAUGUAGUUAGGGAUAAUCAGAGUAAAACUCCGAGUAUUGUGACGGAAUAUGUCAAUAACGUCGAGUUCAAAACCCUCUACCCGAAGUUCACCGACUUCGACGUCCGAUUCUACAUGUUCGAGUUGCUCAAAGCGUUAGAUUUCUGUCAUUCAAAGGGUAUAAUGCAUAGGGAUGUCAAGCCUCAUAAUGUUAUGAUCGAUCAUGAGAAGAGGACUCUCCGUCUAAUCGAUUGGGGAUUGGCGGAAUUCUAUCAUCCUGGAACAGAAUAUAACGUCAGAGUGGCAUCGAGAUAUUUCAAGGGACCUGAGUUACUGGUGGAUUUCCAAGAAUACGAUUAUAGUCUGGAUAUGUGGAGUUUGGGUUGUAUGUUUGCGAGUAUGAUCUUCCGAAAAGAACCUUUCUUCCAUGGACAUGAUAACGCAGAUCAGUUAGUGAAGAUUACGAAAGUGUUAGGGACCGAUGAACUUUUCAUCUACCUCGAGCGAUACGAGAUCGACCUAGAUUCCCAAUUCGACGAUAUACUCGGUCGAUAUCCACGCAAACCAUGGUCAAGAUUCAUAACGUCCGAAAAUCAACGAUACAUUUCGAAUGAAGCUAUUGACUUCUUGGACAAAUUGUUGAGAUACGAUCAUCAAGAGCGAUUGACUGCUCAAGAGAGUCAAGAACAUCCUUACUUCGCCCCUGUUAGGGAAGCUGCAGGCAGACAAUGA